CCGAAAAAGACUUCACUAAGUCAUUCCAGCAAUGGAUAUGGUGAAUGAUGCAAACCUCCAAAUGGUGCACACUAAUAAUUUUGAGCUAUACGAUUUCACUGCGGAAGCUAAUUUUGAUCAGUUCAUCGAUUUAAUCCGAGGAGAAAAUGAGGAUCAGAUUAGUCGUUUCGAUUGCGAUCUUAUCAAUGGCUUGUUGGUAGAUAACCAAAUUGGCAAUCCCACUCAUCAGGAGGAAUUGUUUGAUUUUAGUACGGCUACUACUCCUAUCUACACUAGUGCAAUGGUGCCAGAUCAAAAUUACUCGUUGCCAAGUUUUGAUGGGGACAUGAAGGAACUAGAAGAAGAUUUUGACGAGGAAGAAGAUCAUUCUUCAGGAACUACCACAACUACCCCUACCGCCACGAGGAGGAAGACGAAGACUGAUCGGUCAAGAACUUUGAUUUCGGAACGAAAGAGGAGGGGCAGGAUGAAGGAGAAGCUUUAUGCACUGCGAUCGUUGGUUCCUAAUAUAACUAAGAUGGACAAGGCCUCUAUUAUCGGAGACGCUGUAUUAUAUGUCCAAGAGAUGCAAAUGCAGGCCAAGAAGCUGAAAACUGAGAUUGCUGGACUCGAAGCAUCCUUAGUAAGAACAGAAAGAUAUCAAGGAUCGAACAAAAAUCCUAGAAAGACUCGAAUUGCAUAUGACAAUAACCCAAUCUGCAAGAAGAUCGUACAGAUGGAUGUGUUUCAAGUAGAAGAAAGAGGGUUUUACGUGAGGUUGGUGUGCAACAAAGCAGAAGGUGUUGCUGUCUCCCUUUACAGAACUAUUGAGUCCCUUACAAGCUUCAACAUUCAAAGCUCAAACUUGACAACAGCUUCUGAGAGAUUUAUAUUGACAUUCACUAUAAAUGUGAAAGAAAAUGAGAAAGACAUGAACUUGCCAAAUUUGAAGCUGUGGAUUACUGGGGCUCUGUUGAACCAAGGAUUUGAAUUCUUAACAUCUACCUAGCUAUGCUAACAAAGUAUGGUAGUCUUGGAAACAAGUAUGCGAGUGUUUAACAUCUUUCCUUCUUUUUUUUUUCCCCUUUUCCUGUCAUUGUUUAAAUGUUGAGCUCAUGGCUCCACGUACAAUUACCUGCAUACGCAAUUCUUUAAUGAAUUGCUAUGUAUGGAAUGGAUGCACUGCUAUUAUAUGUGCAAGAACUUUAUUUGUAACUUUAAUUUGGAGCUUAAAUUCCUUUGUCCGAUCAGUGAUUUUUCAUAAUGCAAAUCAUGAACAAAUCUUAGAAUACA